AUGGAGUGCUGCCAUCACAACCACAGCUGCACCCACGACCACUACAGUUGGCAUGAAGACUAUGACAAUUCCAGUCGCAACAACCACAGCUGCUUCGACUACAACAACAGCAGCAACCACCACAAUCACAGGAGCUGCCACCACAACCACUACUGCUCCAACUACAACCACAGCUUCUCCAACUACAGCCACAGUUUCUCCCACAACAACCACAGGUGCUGCCAUCACAAACACAGCUGCCCCCACGACCACCACAGCUGGCAUGACGACUACCACAAUUCCAGUCGCAACAACCACAGCUGCUUCGACAACAACAACAGCAGCCACCACCACAAUCACAGGAGCUGCCACCACAACCACUACUGCUCCAACUACAACCCAAGCUGCUGCUGCAACCACAAACACAGCUGCCUCUACGACCACCACAGCUGGUGCUGCCAUCACAACCACAGCUUCCCCCACGACCACUACAGUUGGCAUGAAGACUAUGACAAUUCCAGUCGCAACAACCACAGCUGCUUCGACUACAACAACAGCAGCAACCACCACAAUCACAGGAGCUGCCACCACAACCACUACUGCUCCAACUACAACCACAGCUUCUCCAACUACAGCCACAGUUUCUCCCACAACAACCACAGGUGCUGCCAUGACAACCACAGCUGCCCCCACAACCACUACAGUUGGCAUGACGACUACCACAAUUCCGGUCACAACAACCACAGCUGCUUCGACUACAACAACAGCAGCAACCACCACAAUCACAGGAGCUGCAACCACAACCACUCCUGCUCCAACUACAUCCACAGCUGCUCCAACUACAACCACAGUUUAUCCCACAACAACCACAGGUGCUGCCAUCACAACCACAGCUGCCCCCACGACCACCACAGCUGGCAUGACCACUACCACAAUUCCGGUCGCAACAACCAUAGCUGCUUCGACUACAACAUCAGCAGCAACCACCACAAUCACAGGAGCUGCCACCACAACCACUACUGCUCCAAUUACAACCCCAGCUGCUGCUGCAACCACAACCACAGCUGCCCCUACGACCACCACAGCUGGCAUGACGACUACCACAAUUCCGGUCGCAACAACCACAGCUGCUUCGACUACAACAUCAGCAGCAACCACCACAAUCACAGGAGCUGCCACCACAUCCACUACUGCUCCAACUAA